CCGUGCUGCAUGAUGGAAGGAACGUGAACUGUAACAGGAGGAUGACAGCCGGCAACAGAGCCAUCUGCAAACAUGUACUUCGGUCAGGACCCCGCAGAUUUCCAGUUCUGCACGAACACCUCCGUUUUCAAAAGCGAAGAGUUGCCAAUCGCGGACGGAGACCAGAUGAACCAGGUGUGUUCCCCGAGUUCAGGGCCUUCCAGCCCGCUGUCGGUGAACUCGGACUCCAGCUGCACCAGCCCCGAACCCAAAUCUGCUGCGGCACAGCAGAGGGUCAGGAGGCCCCUGAACGCCUUCAUUAUCUGGACCAAAGAGGAGCGCCGGCGGCUGGCACAGCUCAACCCAGACCUGGAAAACACCGACCUGAGCAAAAUACUAGGGAAAACCUGGAAAGCCAUGUCCUUGGCUGAAAAACGUCCCUACAUGCAGGAGGCUGAGCGUCUAAGAGUGCAGCACACCAUUGACUAUCCUAACUACAAGUACAGGCCCCGCAGGAGGAAGCAGCUGAAGAAAAGCCCCAAGACUCCAGAAGCAUCUCCACCUUCAUUAUGCAGCUCAGGCUUCCGACCCCCCUACAACCUCACCUACCUGCUCCAGAAUCACCAGCAGCCUUUCCAAAAUGCACACGCCUUCCCAAACUCCUCAGCAAACUACACCCCUUGUCACAGCAGCUGUGCAAACACCCCUGACUUCCCAGAUCAAGCAAAAGAAGCCACAGCCCCAAAUAAUCCUGUCUUUUACUCAAACCCUCCUGCGUACGCUGCAGAGGCUCAAGUGUAUUUUGACACUCAGCAGGGCCACAUGCAGGAAGGUUUCUCCAGUCCCGCAGCUCCCAUUGGGAAUCAGAGGGAGUUCAGGGUCUAUGGAGGCCCCCAGUGCCUUCCUGGGCCACCCCUGGAGUUCUACUUAGAACGGGUUAAGGCAGACAUGCUGUGCGAUCUGGAUCGCAGCGAGUUUGAACAGUACCUGGGUCCAAGCCCCCAGAGGCCCGAGUCAGUGGAUCCCAGCAGCUACCAAGAGCAAAGCAGCCACAUAGCCAGACGCUUGCUCUCAUGA